AUGAGAAAAGUCAUAGCUGUUGAUGGGACAUUUUUGAGAAGUAAAUAUGGUGGUGUGUUAUUGUCUGCUGUUGCACAGGAUGCGGAGAAUCAUAUUUUUCCGGUGACAUUUUGCGUAGUAGACUCUGAAUGUGAUGCUUCCUACCGAUACUUUUUCGAGCAAUUGAGAAGUUUUGUACUUGAUACUCCUGAAUUGUGCAUAAUCUCUGAUAGACAUCAAAGUAUUAGAAAAAUGGUUUCAAUUGUAUUUCCUUUAGCUCAUUAUGGUUGUUGCAUGAGGCACUUAGGAGAAAAUAUUCGAAAUAAUUUUCACAAUGCGAGUGUUGUCUACCACUUUUAUAAGGCGGCAAAAGCAUAUAAUAUUGAUGUGUUCAGUGAUCAUUUUAAUCGGAUAAGAGAUUUGGUUCCACAGGCUGCCACACAUCUUGAACGCAUUGGAUUUCACCGAUGGAGCAGGGCAUUCUUUCUCGGAAAUAGGUACAAUAUUAUGACGACAAAUAUUGCUGAGUCGGUUAACUCAAUGUUUCUUGAUGAAAGAGAAUAUCCCAUUACUGCUCUAUUUGAUGCAAUAAACAGGCGAUUUGCAGAAAAAUUUCAUAAGAGACGUAUGAAAUUCAUUAAUGCACCAACCAUCUUCGUCCCUUCGAUAGAAAAAGACAUUGCAAAAAAUAUUAAUCUGGGGAACAAGCUAUUGGUCCAUCAAACUGCCAACUACAAGUAUAUUGUCACUGGUCAAGAUGAAGUUGCAACAGUUGAUUUGCUAGCCAAAUCUUGUACUUGUAAAGUUUUUGACAUUGACAAAGUACUUGUCCACAUGCUAUGGCAGCGCUUCGAUGCCAAUAUGGUGAUGACUAUGGGAGACGCAUUUAUGAGUACUCCUCUUCGUAUUACAAUGUAG